GUAAGCUUUAAUGACCCUUAACAACGCCAACAGUAACAGGAGUGAGCGGGAGGUUUGUUGCUGCUGCUGCUAAGUUGACCUAAUUUUACACAAUUUUGGAUGAUUAUAAUUGUCUUACAUAAUAAUAAUUUGCAGCAAGGUGACAAUGAGACGUUCAGCCGCUCCCUCACAACUACACAAGAGAGCAGCAUUCAGUCCGCCAUUUACUGGCCCUCAAGUUAAACGACAGUGUAUAAAUACACAGACUGGUGAAUCAAGUGUACCCUUUCUUAAGACAAAAGAGGGCCCGCUUCGAAGUCCUUCGGACAUCCUGUCUUUGAUUAAGAAUCCAGAUGCUACACUGGGUACUGCUAGUAGCAGCUCUGCUAGUCACUGCACUAAAAGUUCAGAUCAUGGAACUUCAUUACCUGAGCCUGAUAACAAGCAAGACAGGCUACAUAAUGCUCCAGGCCAAGAUACACUGUUGUCUCCAUUGCAGGAAACUGGCAGCAAUGUACUAAAUAUCUCUUGUAGCCAUAAUAAUAAACUUCCAGGAAGGCACUUCCAUGUACCAUCAACAAAGUUAACUGGAUAUGGAAGACCAUGGCAAAAACCAGAGAUGAACCAAGGGCAUUGUCUUUAUAGUGCUUCAGCAGAAGAGAAUCAGGAGCCUCAAAAAAUAAAAUAUUAUUCGGUAGUUUGGUGCAAGCUUUCUCGAAAGAAACACAAGAAUUGGGAAGGUGAUGCAGUGUUGAUUGUGAAAAACAGAUCAGUCAUCCUGAAGGAUAUAGAGGGAAAGGAGAUUGGCCGUGGAUCUGGAUACAUGUUAAAGGAUUUAUCAUCACUGGAGAAUGGCAGUACACUUCCUGUUGGAAGUAAGGAAGUUGAGAUUCAAGGUAUCAUCAGUGCUGAGAGCUAUGCCAGUGGUGAAUGCUUUCAUGAACAAAUAUCACAAAUUAAAAGUGGAACCCAGGACGAAAGGCAAUUGUCCAGACCAAAACCAAAACCAAAGCCUUUUCGUCUCCCUACACUAGGUCCUUCUCACAAUUGGACUGCCAUUAAAACCAAAGACAUAGGUCCUUUGUUUGAUCCUACAGGACCUGAUGCCCUUGUCAUGCCCAGACCGCCAAGUCACCAUCAGUGGACCUAUAACAGUAGCGGAGCAAAAGUGGUGGACGUAGUAAUAGAUCCAUACAUCAGCGGACAGCUACGACCACACCAGCAUGAAGGUGUCAUCUUCUUGUAUGAAUGUGUCAUGGGAUAUAGGCUUCCUGGUAGCUUUGGAGCAAUAUUAGCAGAUGAAAUGGGCCUUGGCAAGACACUACAGUGCAUUACUCUGGUGUGGACUCUUCUCAAGCAGGGCCCCUAUGGUGGACUUCCGGUAGUAAAGAACAGUUUGAUCGUCACUCCAUCGAGUCUCACGAGCAGUUGGGAAAAGGAAUUCACAAAAUGGCUGGGAAGAGAGAGAAUUAAAGUCUAUGUUGUGAAUCAAACCAACAAGGUUGAAGACUUUGGCAAAGUACAGCAUUCAGGAAUUAUGAUUAUAUCAUAUGAAAUGUUUGUACGUGGUGUUGAUCUGAUUAAAACACUAAAAUUUGAUCUCCUCCUCUGUGAUGAGGGGCACCGCUUAAAGAAUGCCAAUAUUAAAACUACAUCUCUCCUUGCAAGUAUUAAUUGUAGAAGAAAAGUCAUAAUUACAGGAACUCCAGUUCAGAAUGAUCUGCAGGAGUUAUUUGCCCUCAUAGAAUAUGUGAAUCCAGGUAUACUCACCUCAUCAUCAUUUCGUCAUGUAUAUGAAGAUCCUAUAAUUGCUUCUCAGCAGCCAAAUGCAUCUCAGACUGAAAAGGAAUUGGGUGCGAGUCGAGCCUCUCAGCUGAACAGGAUAACAUCGCUCUUUACUCUGCGGCGCACCCAGGAUAUCAUAAAUAGGUACCUGCCACCAAAAGUUGAGUUUGUUGUGUUCUGUCACCCAUCAGAGAUACAACUAUCACUAUAUUUAGACAUAGUAGGAUGUAGGAGCUUGAGAAAAUGUUUUAACAGUGUUGACACAGGAGAUCACUUGUCAGCAAUAUUAGCACUACGUAAGCUGUGCAAUCAUCCUGCAUUAUUGGCUCUUGCCAAUGACCAAGAAACUCACAAUGAAUUAGCACAGGAAGCAGCUAAGCUGCUUCCCUCAUAUUUGAAACCUGGCAUAUUUGAUGAAAAGGACAGUGGAAAGUUGGCAGUGGUAUCUUGUAUGCUGUGGGCUUUAAAAGAAGCAGGAAGAGAAAAGAUUGUUUUAGUUUCCAACUACACAUCUACAUUAGACAUGCUGGCCACACUCUGCACUCGCUACGACUACCCCUAUCUUAGACUGGACGGAUCUACACCAUCUAACAAACGUCAACAGCUUGUGGACAGAUUUAAUCAUAAAUAUUCCAAAGAUUUUGUGUUUUUGCUGAGUGCAAAGGCAGGUGGAGUGGGUCUAAACUUGAUAGGAGCCUCCAGAAUUCUUCUUUAUGAUAUUGACUGGAAUCCUGCCACAGAUUUGCAAGCAAUGUCACGUGUAUGGAGGGAUGGUCAGAGAAGGAAGGUUUAUAUUUACAGAUUGUUAAUGACCGGAUCAUUGGAUGAGAAGAUGUAUCAGCGGCAAGUUAAGAAACAGGGAUUAAGUGGAGCUGUAAUUGAUGCUCGAGAAUCUGACAGAGUCCACUUCUCAACUGAAGAACUCAAGGAUCUCUUCACCAUACAUAGGGAGACGGCAUGUUUGACACAUGAUCUCUUAAAGUGUCAGUGUGAUCUUAUGGGUGGAACCUCGAUGGAUACUCAUCAGGAGCAAGUUAUCAAACAGCCAGAGAGGGCAUGCCAGUUGUAUAGUGGAAGCUCUGGAUGUCAUCUCAACACCAUCACCAUGGACCAACUUCAAAACUGGUGCCACUUAGCUACACCUUUUGUACCUGAUACUGUUAAAGACCCAUGUUUGGAAGCAGCCAGUGACUUCAUAACCUUCUUAUUCUGUAGUGAAUCAAAUAUUAGACCAAUUCAGUUAACACCUACCUUGUAGAUUACAAAUAGAUCUUUAACUUUCAACUUUUUUUUAUUUACCAUUUUUUAUAUAUCUAGUUUCCACUGGUUAACCACAAAGGAAGGAAAGUUAAUUACUGUAUUUGGCACUGUAGUGUCUUGGAUUUAGAAUAUAGUUCAAUCAUAUAUGAUUAAUAGUUAUGGCCUUUGUCUAAAAAAUUAAGGAUUGGAAAACCAGUGCAAGGAGGUCAAGGAUUGCUUCAAAGCUCUAUGUAAAAUUUUGGAAAAACUCUGAAUGAUGCAUUUGUAAUAAUUUGUAAUAAUGCAUAAUCCACAAUGUCUAAAACUACUGUACACUAAAAAUAUAAAUGGGGAGUGGAGAAAUGUUAGAACUACAAAACACUAUUAUUAAAGAUAAAAAGACAGAAGUAAUGCCUAAGUUUCAAAUUAAUUCAUAUGAAAGACUGAUUACAUUGUGUGAUAUGAGUUCUUGCUUCUGAUAAUGAAGUUGCCACCGUAUGUAGUAAUCUGAUUGUUAUAGUGAAAGGAUUACAAGCCUAGAUGACAUUGGGCCUGACUAGCUAGAAUGUGAACUCUCUCCCCUCAUCU